GUUAUUUGUAUUUAGCAAACACUCCUCUCGCUGACAAUUUGAAGAGAGAUUUUCCUGCACCUUCACUUCUUCUUUUAUUAGUCAGCGGAAGAAGAAGAUAUCAGUGAUCCGAAAUUCCCCAAUCAGAGAGCUCUCUCUAAAAGUAAAGAAAGAUUCCAUCUUUUUCACUGUUCCCUGUUUCCUCUCUCUCUGAAUUGAGUUCACUCUCUGCUUUUGUUCAUAAAAAGCUCCAACUUUAUAGCUUAAACCCCUCUGGAUAACAAAACCCGUAUCGCAAAAUCUCAUCUUUCCCAAGAUGUUGCCUAGGUUUUUACCGCUUGAAGAUGGAAAAGACUCAUUCCUGAGAACCCAAUCUAAGCCUUUACCGAUCAGAACAAUCAAGAUUUUUCUCCUUUUCUUGACUCUGGCUUUUGGAGUUUUGGUUCUUAGCAUGUACGCUACUCGUUAUUUUGAUGUUAGAAGCGCAAUCUUGCAACCUAAAGUGAGUAUUGUUCAUCCUUGCGCUGAAGAGGAGAAUGAGCUCAAACAAUGGAUUAAAGCUCCUCUGAGUUUGAUGCAUAAUAUGAGUGAUGAAGAGCUCUUUUGGAGAGCUUCACUUGUUCCCCUAUUGGAGAAGUAUCCGUACAAGAGAGUUCCUAAGGUUGCGUUUAUGUUCUUGACGAGAGGGCCUUUGCCAUUGUCGCCGCUGUGGGAGAAGUUCUUCCAAGGCCAUGAAGAGCAUUAUUCGAUCUAUGUGCAUUCCUUACCUGGUUAUAGGCCAGAGUUUGCAUCGGAUUCGGUGUUUUAUCAGAGGCAGAUUCCAAGCCAGCUUUUACAUCCACAGGUGGCAGAAUGGGGAAAGAUUAACAUGAUCGACGCUGAAAGAAGACUCCUCGCAAAUGCACUCCUCGAUCUCUCCAACGAACGAUUCGUUCUCCUCUCAGAAUCCUGCAUCCCUCUCAAAAACUUCACAAUCAUCUACAGUUACCUCACAAAAUCCAACCACAGCUUCGUGAACUCUUUCGACGACCCAAGCUCUCUUGGUAGAGGCCGCUACAAUCCCAAAAUGGCUCCAGAAAUCACAGUAUCUCAGUGGAGAAAAGGAGCUCAGUGGUUCGAAGUUGACAGAAAACUCGCAGCCAGAUUAGUAGCAGAUACGAAAUACUAUCCCAAGUUCAAGGAUUUCUGCAAGCCUGCUUGUUACGUGGAUGAGCAUUAUUUUCCUACUAUGUUAGCUAUUGAGACGCCGAGGCUUAUUUCAAAUAGGACUGUGACCUGGGUUGAUUGGUCGAGAGGUGGAGCUCAUCCUGCAACUUUUGGGAGAGGAGAUGUUAAUGAAGAGUUUUUGAAGAGGAUUAUUGAAGGCCAGAGUUGUUUGUAUAAUGGGCAGCCCUCAUCAGUUUGUUUUCUGUUUGCUAGGAAGUUUGCUCCUAGUGCUUUGGAGCCGCUACUGAACUUUACAAGCAAUUUGCUUGGAUUUUAGAUGAAUAGAUUAAGAUACCGUGAUAUGAUAUGAUAUGAUGAGAGUGAACCUGGAAGUUUUUAGAAAAUUACAGAGGUACAGGUGACCUUUUUCUUUUGGUCUUGUGUACAGAACAAUUAUCCGAAUAUAUAUUAGACUA